GCUGUCAGCUGUCGCAAUAUAAUAUCAAAUACAUUUUUAAAUAAUGUUAGACUUAAAGAAAAUUAUAAAUAUAAGCGGAGAAAUAAAUGAACGAAUAGUUGACGGUCGUAAGAAGCUAAAACUACCAGCUUCACAUCAUGCCAUUGAACCAUCCCACCUGCUGAACCAAGAGAGAGAUGGGUCCAUUGUAUUCACCUGGGAUGACAUCUCAGACACAAAUGAAGGUGCUGUUGUUACUCACUUCGGCAUGUACAACCCAGUAUCGAAACACUUCAAGGUGGUGCACGUCCACAACCAGCGAGUCAGUGUGGUGUCUGCGUCCAUCAGCCAGGACACAACGUUUAUUGCCUUCACCACAAUGUCCCGUGACAGGACGGCCUCCAGUCUCGACAGAAGAACUGGCAAAGAGACGUACAGUGCCUACCUAGCAGAGAUAAAAGCCAUGAGCCCACGUGUGUUCUCCUUGAACCUGGAGCGGCAGACAUUCAUCAAGGUCCAAUUUCUCUACGAGGACAAGCCGGCGGAAAAGGAAGCAAACAUGAUCGUCAUGCUGCACAGGGAAUCCAUUGGUUUGUACAAAAUCCCACUUGCAAGAGCUGCCCAUGGAAUGGUGAUGAAGGGCCAGCCGAAGACGGAGCAGAUCGGGAAGAAGUUUGUGUGGUGUCAGUGGGAUAGUGGGAAGCAGAUGUUGUUCUACAUCCACCAAAGUAUGGAUGACAGCGGUGCUAAACAACACAUCCUCUCCUCUGUACAGAUGUACAAUAACGGACUACAUGAUAUGGUGCUGGAUGUUCCAUUAAACUUUCCACUGACAUCCAAGUCCUCGGGCAGAUGUACUUAUGCAGAUAUUCCAUUGUGCAGUGGCAUUCCAGAAACCAGCAUGAAUGCCACCGUGUUGACAAAGAGUAACGGCACAUUCUGUCUGUGUUACCAGAGCCAUGUUAGUGCCACGUCAGAAAGGCGAUCCAAGUCAUCACCCCUGCCACGAACCUCACCACUACAGCGUACAUCCCCGCUACAACACACUACCUCACACCAGGGAAGCAGUUCCAGCUCUGAGAGUGAGUCAACAGAAAUCAACUACUACAUUUGCAUGGUUCAUCAUGCCAGUACCAUCCAUGGUUGCGUGUCUCACAUACCAGCUGCUGUGGUGAGGAGAGCUGUAGUUGCCUUCUCCUGGCUAGGAGACCAGAUUCUCGUAAUGUUACCAGGGUACUUUGCUCACUUACUCAAUGUCUCCAUAGAGUAUGAACCUUGCAACCAUAUCUUGCUGCACAGUAAAUCCUGUGAAGAAGGGAUAGAGGAUGAGGAGACAGGUGGCAGUGAGAGAAGCACUGGUACUAGAAGUGAUGACCAAUCAGAUAGCAGGAGACAUGACCAAUCAGAUUUUAGGAAAAAUAACCAAUCAAACUCCAGGAAAAGUGACCAGUCAGAUGCAAGUAUCAGUGGCGCAUCAGCCGAAGAGCUCAUUCCUGUUCUUGAGUCUAGGAUGGAGCAGUUUUCAUUUGUUUCAAAUACUGCACUGAAAAUCAUUGGCAAUGAAGGAACUGGUGCAUAUCUUCUGGACCGGAGAUCGCGAUGUGUGUACUCUGUGACCAUAGAUCCAGACAGGCUGGUGGACAUAUUUAGUCAUUGUAGUAUGACCAUGACACGUACUGCUCUGCUACACUACGCCAUCCUCAGGCAGAAGGGAUUUGAACUUGUCAAACAGCUAUUUUCUGUGAUCUGCAAUGACAUAGCCAGUCCAGAGGUCCCAACUAUGAUGAAAGAAUUCCUUAUUGCAAUGACAUAUGUGGCUGUACGUCGUCAGACAGAUCGAGAGGUUCUACGUCUGCUGCCUUUCACGAAUUCAGAGCCCUUCAGGGGACAGAUAGAUAAGACUAAGAGUGGUGACCGGCUGGCCCGUCUCUCCUACUCCCAAAUCCAUAGGCUGCACUUCCCCAACAAAACGGGGAAGGAGCGUACCCAGAAGAAGAGCGGUAUCGGAGAUGACUGGCUCGAUAUACUGCGUAUACAUUUGCGAUCGAUGCAGGUCACAAAGACAUGCCGGUGGAGCUUUGACUCCGUAAAAACAGCUUACCAGCAGAUGCAGGUCAAGGAAGAAAAGCAUUUACAGACCAGGGAGGAGGAACACUUUCUGACUCUUAUCAGUAUCAGCAAAGCGAAAGAAAGACAUGGGGAGGACUCUGGUAACCUCUACGGAACCAAGAUGGAAAACGUCCUAGGACAGGCUCCCUGUUUCCUGCAGGGAACGUCCGUGUCUGAGACAUCUGACACACACAUGGCUUUGACCCGGGAGGUCCUCUCAAAGUACCUGAUGUCAUUCCUCAUGAAAGAUGGAAAGGUGAAGGCUGGCAAUGUCUCCAAAGAGUAUGUUGCCUGUCAGCGACAACAGAGCCAACUGCUGUGUCACCUGUUGUGGACUCUGAGGGGAAGACACCUUGCCUUGCGGGACCCUUUACCCACACUGGCAAUGAAAGGAGGUCUGGAUGAAUAUGAGUUGUUCCAGUUGCUGGAUCGCUAUGUGACGGUGACAUCUGACCUCUUCUUUCCUGUGCCGGCCCGUCUCCAUGGUUACCUUACCUCCCUUGCCUUUCGUGCUCUUCAUUUCAGAAUGUUCCUUCAAUAUGUUGACCAUGGAGUGCUGCAGCUCACAGGUGACUUUAUGGCACAGCUGCUGAAAGAGCUACCUGACAAUGAGGAGUAUGUUGGCUUAAAGCAUUCCCUGAUUUCCCGCCUGCCGCUAAGGGCUGGGGAGGAGUGUUACAGACUGUGGGACCAUGUCACGUGCAGCACGUACCUGGCACACAAGCAUGUGGACAAGAUCCUUGCUGAACACAGGCCUUCUACUACUGAGGCUGCUAGCAUGGACUCAAUCAGAAACACAUUGACCGAGGCAAGGAGGAACAGCAUCAUAGAGGAGGUCUCUUUCCGGCCCCUUGCAGCUUUCUUCAGGCAUCUAGAAAAAACUAACAGCCAGAUGGGUGCAGAUCGUGUUAGCCCCCUGGACUUUGUGGCCCUGGAGGAAGUGGCCCUGCAUCACACACACUGUGAGACCAAGUACGAUAUGGGAAACGUCAACUUCUAAAUGGGAUCAGGAACCAUCAACCUCUCAAUUGGAACUGUUAACUUCUAAAUACCCUCAGUGGAAAUCGGACACCGGAAAAAAUUGGUUUUUUCAACUUCUAAAUGGACUCAAUCAACUUCUAGAUGGAAACUUGGAACAGUCAACUUCUAAAUGGACUCGAACCAUCUUCGAAAUGGACUGGAACUGUCAACUUCUAGAAACUUUCAAUUUCUGACUCAUAUUAAAGGUUGGUCUUGUGUUGAGCUGUAUGAAGGAUAUGACUAGUUACUAUAGACAUUCUCAACUUAAGGCAGCAUGCAACAACAUCUUCGACUAUUGCAAUUAACAGUUUGUGACAUCAAUCACAAAUGGUCAUUGUUAAAAGUUUGACUUUUAAUCGUUAAAGAAAUAAUUAUGGAAUAAAUUGAUUUAACUUGAAGGUUUUGUAAUGGUGAAAAAACUAUAUGAAAUUAUGAUUGGUAUUAUAAAAUAAAUAUUGGCUGUCUACCAGUAUAACAGUAGUAGUACAUAUUAUCAACAUUCGGGUCAAUAUUGUCAGGCGGGGGGCUAGGGCCAAUAGGGGAUUACCCAAACUCCUUUACCCUCUAUCCCCCUUUGGUUUUUAUUUCAAAUUCUAAGACCGGUCAAAAUUUCAUUACGCAUCUGCAUAUUUGAGUAUACCCAGCUACGCGUCUGACUUACCCAUUGGAAUUGCCUUUGGUACUGUUUUAACAGUAUUAGUUGUCAAUAUGUACUGUCACACUGGAAGCCAUGUGAUAUUUACAGUAUAUAAUAUUCACUAACAUUAACGCAACACAUUUUACUGAACAUACAUUACUGUAUCUGUCAAAAUAUAAAUGUAUUACUUUAACUUACACUGUAUGUUGCUUUUUUGAAAUUUGCUUUAUACAUUUUGUAUUUUAUUAAACAUACAUAUAUUUGAUUUUAACUGUUAUUACCCUUUACUGUAGAAAAUGAAAUAUAAUGGUUGAAUUAUAUACAAAUGAUUUUGAAGUAAUAUAACAGGUUUUUUUAGCUAUUUUUCCCUGUUUGAAUUUCACAGCCAGGGCUAGAUUGUAUUUUCCAUCUGUUAAUAACAGAGUGUAAACUUGUUUUUCUUUGUAUUUAACAUUUUUAUGAUAAUAAUGAAAAGCAAGUUUGUGUAUGCAAAAAAAUCCUUUAUUCAUGCAUCUCUAGGACUGAGAAAGCAAUUUGAAAUUAUUUAAAAUCACUUUUAUGAAAUAUAGUGGUGUUAUUCCUUUCUUUUUCAAUUUUUAAAAAAAAAAUAUUUUGAGUUAAAUUUGUCGAAAAUAUCUUUUAAAUAACCAUAAAUAUGUUAUAUGGUUUGUUUGAAAAUUGUUAAUAUAUGAAUGUUUCAAGGCCUCAGCAAUAAUUCAACCUUGUACUUGCUUAUGUCACUGCUUCCAAUUUAUUUGUGAUAUGUUUCCAUUUCAUUUCUAUUUUAUUAUAAGUGCAAUACCAUUGAUUUUAUGUACUAUAUAAAUAAAUAUGUUUAUUUUCA